AUGUCCGCGGAAUUCGUUAAGUGGUGGCUUCAAACCGAUUUUGGUAAGAAGAAGCGGCUAAACUGGGAGGUCAGCCGUCGCGCAGACUGCUGGACUGGGUUCCAACAAGUUGCACAUACUAAAGAUGGAAAGCCUGGCGUUAUGUGCAAUCGGUGCCGUACAGUUCUUACACAUUCAGCUACAAGUAAUACUGGAAACUCAUCGAUGCAGAGUCAUCUUGAAGGGCCAAGGUGUCGACAGCGAAUUACGAAGAAGGGUAAUAUCCAGCAACCACUCAGCGACGCGGCCGAUGGUCACGUUGGAGCGCCACUCCAAGCUGCGGCCUCCUGGCACAACCACAUCGAAAUCGUGAGAAAGCUUCUAGACAAGUGCGCUCUCGUGAACUUCGAAUGCCCAAUGAGUGACUACUUCGGGAGUGCGCUCGUUGCCGCUGCAGAGAGAGGGAACUUGGAAGUGGUCAUUAUGCAAUCACAUAAUGACCACCAGAUCGCCAAACCCGCCCUAAGUCUUUCAGAAGACAGUUCUUGUUUAUACACCCGAUUUCAAAGAUCUUUGUUCUGCUCGCCUUCGUAUUGCCAGCUGUCUCUCGAUCAGACCCGAUCUCAGUCUCAGUAA